AAGUCCUCCAACUCAUACGACCAUAUUGGUCGUUUGCACCAUUCCUCAAAUACGACCCAGUGGAGCGUUUCCUAAAAUAGUGCCCCUACAGGCAGCAGGAGAAAUGCUACAUUCAUUCGUCUUGAUGCAUUGUGGGAUUUCUACGAAAUAAUCGAUGCUAAUACAGGUAUGUUAUCAGCGAAACUGGAUAAUAUAAACAUUUGAAAACAAUUAUAGCCUUUGUAAGGCGCUUUGUGUUGUUUCAUCUUCGUCUGUGGGUAUUAGUUUUACAGGUAACGUUAUUUAGGCUAAUUUGGAAUAACGUUAUAAAGGACUUUAUGGGAUAUUGAAAAGUUAGACCGUGUGAACAUCGUAAGUGACAAUAAACUUUGCUUUUAUUAAAAUCCGUGGUUACAAAAAUAUUCGACGCGUUUAAAAUCAACAAGGGACUCGAUUUUUCAUAUUAUUUUAACAUGUUUGAUGGUCCGAUCAUUUGAACAAGUGACAUCAUCAUGGUAAAGUUAGUAUUUAUUAUUAUUAUUAUUAUUAAUGGAAACGUUGUGGUUAUGGGACAAUGUAAAAAGUCCACUCAUUUUCUUAAAACGAACAGGUAACGUUAUCCAUAUUUCGUUCACCUGACUCGAAUAGGCCUAACUUACUGUUAAUUAUAUAUUUCACAUACAAAUUGCAUUCCAGUUCACUAUUAAUACGAUCUAUAUCAUCCAGAUAUAUGAAAUUGUGGACAUACAUAAAUAAAUAAAUAAUGCUAAUAUAAUAAUAAUUUAUUAUAAUAGUAACACGCAUUCAAAUUUUAAAUAAAAUAGUUGUAAUGGCUGUUAUUUCAAAUAAACGUCAUUGUCUUUAAUGAAAUAAUAUAUAUAUAUAUAUAUAUUUGUGAAAUAGUUAUAAAAUAUUGUUAAAAGAAAAAAAAAACGUUUAGCAGCUCUUCUGAAUUAGCAGGAUAAUAAUAAACAGUGUACACAGAUAACAGGGCCGAUGUAUUCAAUGGAAAAUGUACUGUACAUUCUGUUUUUUUUUCUCCUCUGAUUCCUACAUACAGGUGCAAAGCCAAGAACAGGACAAAGAUACACGGCUAGAGGACAGAAAACAAAGAUGCCUACUCUAAAGGAUUGCUAUGCAUGCAGGGAAAAAAUCGGAGUUGCCAGCAAAACAUGUCAGCACUGUAGGGCCAAACAGCCAUAUAAGGAAUUGCUUGAAAAAAAAAAGAAACAGCUUUCCCAGGAAUGGAAAGCGAGACAAAAAAAAAACAGCAGUGUAAACAAAGUUUACGAUGCAACAAAUCUACUACUCCACAAGUGGGAACUUUUAGAGAGGUUCCCAGUGCUACUUCUUGCUAGGAGAACCUCAAAUGGAUUUUCAGCUGAAUGCUUCUGUCCAUGGAAUAUGGGGACAGAAGAUAGUCAAGAUGCUUUUCUGACAAUAAAGCGACUGUAUGAAAGUCUUCUCAAUGUGGCUAUUGCAGAUAAAGAAGCAAGCAGCAUAGGAGAGAGUUCUGCCACAAACAGCACAGAGACUCCACCAGCAGACUCCACACAACAGCUCACCUGUAAUGUGUCUAACAAAGAUAAAGAAGCAAGCAGCAUGGGAGAGAGUUCUGCCACAUACAGCACAGAGACAGAGACUUCACCAGAAGACUCCACAGCAGACCCAGCUUCAGAACUCACCCCUGAGUCUGACACUGUUUUACUUCCUCCUGCAUCUUCCUCCUUGGCUUCUCUUGUUUCCUUUACCACCCCCUCUCUUAUGUCUUUAUCCAUUGCUUCUCCAGUGUCCCCCCUGACUCAUCCUGCUUUUGUGUCCUCUCAGUCUAGUCAUAUAUCUUCUUCCUCUGCUUCUCCUCUGCAACCAGCCUCUAACCUUUCUACCCUUUCUAAACUAUCCACUGAGCAAGGCAGUUCAGGCCCAGUAGUUUCCUCAAGGAAAAAAAGACAAAUAAAGAGGAAAGCAGACCCUAAAGAAUGCCCCAUGCAUGAGGAAUCAACCAGUUUCCCAUACAAAAAGAUUCUGAGAAAAAGAAUGAGGGAGGGCCAUGCAGAAGUGUUGGUUCAGUGGUAUCCUUGCUCUGGAUGUGGAAAAAAGUGGAAGAACUCAUGGGAGCCAAAAAGAAAUAUUCAAAGUUCAUCCUGAAGAUGUGUGGGUGUCCAGAUGUGUCGUUUGUUGCUAGGUUGCAAAGUUGAUGCCCUGUAUGACAAUUACAGAGACUGUUUGUCUUUCAGUGUUAAGGCAUAUCGGUUCUGAUCUACAGUAUGCUUGUGUUCUGAUUUGUGCUUGCUUUGUAAAGCACACAGUCUUUCUGUUUUUCAUGACUGGACUCAUAAAUUUUUUUGAAAUUUGUAACUGGCUCUGUUUCUUAAUAUAAUUUAAGAUUGUUUAUAAUUUGUCAUUUAAGAGCAAAAAUAUAUGCACUGUAACUAAGUGCAAUUACUGAUGUUUACUGCUAAAAAUUUCAGAUAAAUCCAGGUUGUUAUUAUUAUUAUUAUUUAUUUUCAUUAUUCAUGACCAAAAAGCACCUAUUAGCCCACAGUCUAGAUGUGUUUUUAAAUCUACGUGUGUAUGGGAGGAUAGACCAGUACAUUUUUGGGGCCUUCCAAAUGAGCAAACAUCUGAAGCUGGUACUUCCUUUCCCUGCA